AUGGCUAUACUCAGCGUGGGCUUAACGCUCCUCCCUCUUAUCCAUGCGCAACAACCCGCACAGAGUUCUCCAGAAAACCCAUCGCUCACGACCUGGAAAUGCACCACUGCCGGCGGAUGCGUGCAGCAGGAUACCUCUGUAGUUCUAGACUGGGGAUAUCACUGGAUCCACACAGUUGGCGGAUACGAGUCUUGUAUCACCUCGUCGGGGGUCGACUCAACCCUAUGCCCCAAUGAAGCUACGUGCGCCAAAAACUGCGAAAUCGCAACAGCCAACUAUACAACCGCCGGUGUUGCUACAUCUGGAGAUUCGCUCACCAUGCAUCAAUACCUCCAGAGUGACGGUGUGACUACCGAUACUGGCGCACGGCUCUACCUUCUCGACGCCGACGGUGACUAUGUCAUGUUAAAGCUCCUCGGGCAGGAACUAAGCUUCGAUGUUGACCUGUCCACCCUUCCUUGUGGAGAGAACGGCGCUCUCUAUUUAUCGGAAAUGAGCGCUACAGGGGGUAGGAAUGAGUAUAACACAGGCGGUGCUGAAUACGGUUCGGGGUAUUGUGAUGCUCAAUGCCCUGUUUCGACAUGGAGAAACGGUACUCUCAACACUAAUGAGGAAGGAUACUGCUGCAACGAGAUGGAUAUCUUCGAGGGCAACUCUCGCGCCAAUGCCAUGACUCCGCAUGCCUGCAGCAGUACUGACUGCGAUAAGGGUGGCUGUGGAUUUAACCCAUACGCCAUGGGCCAGGAAAACUACUGGGGACCGGGAGAAACAGUCGACACCUCCAAGCCAUUCACCAUCACCACCCAGUUUAUCACCAACGACGGCACCACGACCGGAACUUUAACCGAGAUCCGCAGACAGUAUAUCCAGAACGGCAAGUUGAUCGCGAAUGCGAAGUCCUCCGCAGGGGUCAGCGCCAUUACGGAAUCGUGGUGCGAAUCAGUUGACAGCUCUGCCGCAACAUUUGGUGGUCUGACCACCAUCGGCGAGGCUUUGGGCCGUGGAAUGGUCAUGGUCUUCAGUCUCUGGAAUGACGGAAGCAGUUAUAUGAACUGGCUGGACAGCGGAACCUCCGGCCCGUGCAGCAGCACCGAAGGAAACCCAUCACUCAUCAAGUCAGAAAACCCGAACGCUCACGUCGUCUUUUCAAACAUCCGCUGGGGAGAUAUUGGAUCGACUUAUACAGACCCUACUGGCUCUAGCUCUAGCUCAACGACUACCAGCGUUGCUAGCAAGACCACCACAACGAAGAGUAAAACAGCAACUACGACUACGACGACUACUACUACCACCACCACCACCACCACUACCACCGCCACUACUACUACUACUACUGUUACUACUGUUCCUACUACUAGUAGCGGGGGUGCUACUCAAGGCCAUUGGGCGCAAUGUGGAGGAGAGGGAUGGACCGGGCCUACGACAUGUGCGUCUCCCUAUACGUGCGAGGAACAGAAUCCUUGGUACUCCCAAUGCUUGUAGAUAGAAUAGCGGAACCGUCAUAAUUUGGCUCCCAUCGGGACAACUUCUUACUGGGAUUUAACACUGGACAGUAACAAGUACCUUGAGGGCCCUG